AUGCUAUUCAUCAUUGGAACUGGACUGAAUAACGCACGUGACCUAUCACUGAAUGGACUGGAUCGACUGAAGAAGUGCGACAAAAUCUAUUUGGAGUGCUACACGUGCAUCCAAAGGAGUGGAUCAGACGAGUUGGAGAAGUUGAUAGGCAAAGAAGUCAUCAGGGCCAACAGGAGAAUGGUGGAGGAGACCUCUGAAAUAGUGGACGAGGCCAAGUCAAAGAGUGUCGCAUUUCUGGUUGCUGGAUCACCCCUCUUUGCCACAACACAUGGAGACAUCCUGGUACGGGCCAAGGAAGCAGGCGUGGAAACGAGGAUACUCCACAACGUGUCGAUUCUCUCUGUCGUAGGCUGCUACGGGCUGUGCUCGUACAACUUUGGUCGAACUGUCUCAGUCUGCUACUUCACUGAGACCUGGAAGCCAACUUCCUUCUACGACCGCAUUUUGAUGAACCAGAAGAGCGGUCUCCAUACGCUGUGUCUCCUGGACAUCAAAACAGAUGAAAACAGGUUCAUGACUGCGAAUGAGGCACUGGAGCAGAUGGUCUACGCAGAAAGCCAGUUGAAGUACGGGAUUCUGGGGGAGGAGACGAGGCUGUUUGUGGUCUGCAGGUUUGCUACUGAUUCUGAGUCAGUUUACUACGACACGCUUUCGAACCUGAUUGGCCGUGACUUUGGGGAGCCACUUCAUUCGAUCAUUUUCCCAGGUGAGUUAUCGGUGGUAGAACAGGAAUUUGUGGGGAAAUUGAACAAGUGA